UGGCUGCGUGGCUUCCGGAGGAGACUGAGAGCUUCAGAGACCUGCAGCAGCUGGACCGACACAUCUGGACCAGAACCCAGCGGGGACAGACGGGUGCCGGUCUCCCUCUCCCCCACCCCCCGUGUCGGUACCGGGCUCCAUCUGGGACAGCAUGGCGGAGGAGACCCGAGUCAUCUACCACCUGGAGGACCAGGAGACCCCCUACCUGAUCCGGAUCAACGUGCCCGCGCAGCGCGUCACCCUGGCGGACUUCAAGCAGGUCCUCAACAAACCAAACGUCAAAUUCUUCUUCAAGUCCGUGGACGACGAGAUCGGGGUGGUCAAAGAAGAGAUCAGUGAUGAAAAUGCCAGCCUGCCCUUUGUGAACGGACGAGUCGUCUGCUGGUUGGUGUCAUCAGACACCUGUCAGUCAGAUUUCAGGGGGUCAGACCUCCAGUCCAUAGCCACUCCCACAAGUCUGGCCCCGCCCCCAAUAGAGAGGACAGGUGUGAUCGGAGACUCCAGACCUCCGUCCUUCCAUGCUGCUGCUCUGGGUCAGGAGGAGCUGAAGGGGUCAGAGGUCAAACCUGUGGCUUCAGAAGAGCGAGGCGGGCGUCUGAAUGGCCACACCCACCAACCAGCUGAUCAAAAUGGGGCGGGACCAACAGGUGGAGGUGACGGUUGGUCAACCCAACGAAGCAGCCAAUUAGAGACCACCAGUUUUUGCUCCUCUGAGGAAGACUCAGGAGGAAGGUUCAGCCAAUCAACAGGCCAGAGCAGCUCGUCACCGAGACUCAUCAGGAGGCAACGAAGACGUCACCGCAGAGCCAAGACACCGCGGAUGGAGAAGUCUGUGUCUUUCAGCAGUGUCACUGACUCCACCAUGUCGCUCAACGUCAUCACUGUAACCCUGAACAUGGAGAGGUAUAACUUCCUGGGUAUCAGCAUCGUGGGUCAGAGUAACGAGCGAGGAGACGGAGGUAUUUAUAUCGGCUCCAUCAUGAAGGGGGGAGCUGUGGCAGCAGACGGCCGCAUCGAGCCUGGAGACAUGUUGUUGCAGGUAAACAACAUCAACUUUGAGAACAUGAGUAACGACGACGCUGUCCGAGUCCUGAGAGACAUCGUCCACAAGCCAGGUCCGGUGACGUUAACGGUGGCUAAGUGUUGGGAUCCGAGUCCUCGCGGCUGCUUCAGUCUCCCGAGGAGUGAGCCGGUCCGUCCAAUCGACCCGGCUGCCUGGGUGUCGCACACGGCCGCCAUGACAGGGCUCCCCCCCCACUACGGUGAGACUCCCAUCAGCCACUGCAGCGUCCAUUCGUCACCACCUGCACUCCCAAUAACCUGCCAGUGUUUUUCAGGCGUGCACGAAGAAAACCAUCUGACCAUCCACAGCGACAUGACAGCGGUGGUCAAGGCAAUGGCCAAUCCUGAGUCGGGUCUGGAGGUUCGGGACCGGAUGUGGCUGAAGAUCACAAUCCCCAAUGCCUUCAUUGGUUCAGAUGUGGUGGACUGGCUCCACCGGAGCGUGGAGGGGUUCACCGACCGCCGCGAAGCUCGCAAGUAUGCAGGAAACCUGCUGAAGGCCGGAUUCAUCCGGCACACCGUGAACAAGGUGACAUUCUCUGAACAGUGCUACUAUGUGUUUGGAGACCUCUGUGUAGAUCUGGGUGUGAUGACUCUGCUGGAUCACAAAGAAGACUCCAGUGGAGGAGGAGGAUCAGAUUGUGAUUCUCUGGGCCCAGCAUUGUGCCCCCAGAGGCCCCUGACCUUCCCCUACCAGUACCCCGUCCCUCACCCCUACAGCUCGCCGCCCCCCCUCCACCAGCUGCCGGCCUUGGGAGGAAGAGAAGGGGGAAGUCAGCACAGUGAAGGAAGUCACAGCAGCGGAUCAAACUGUAGCGACGCUCAGAAGGAGGGAGAACGAAGCAGCGAAUCUGAGACGACCAAACAGGAAGUGAGUGCUCCGCCUAACAAACAGGUGGCGGCAGAGGCCCCUGGUGACGACAGCACCCAACAGCCCCCGACCUCCUGCUCUGGUCUUCAAGGUCACGAUGACUCUGAGGACCUCCCACCGCCUCCUUUGCAUCGAGGUCGGCAGUCCUUCUGCCUGGCCGUGGGAAACCCCAGUGAUUUCUUUGUGGAUGUCAUGUGAUCCUGUGAUGAUGAUGUCACGUCCUGUCAGGAAACACCUUUUAAAAAAUGUCACGUUUGUACUUUUGAAGAAAUAUGUGCGCAAGCUGCGUACUUAAGCAACAAACAAUGAGUUUUUAACCAACAAACAAUGAGAUGAACUUACGUUUGGUUUGACUUUCAAUCUCAUCGCAGUCCAACAGAACACCACAUCGGAGGUCUGGGUACCUCCACUGUGGUCUCUCACUUGAUGCUGGAUCAUGAUGGUUGUUAUGGGUCACACAUAACUGGUUCAGACGUCCAGUAAAAAAGCACCACUACCACUGUUGCCCACAUGACUUGACAUUCACAAGCAGGAACUAUAGAGUCCCGACAGUCUUCCCACCAGGACCACCCAGAGACUCCAGGACCAGAUACUCAGAGAGCCUUGAUGUGGUUGUAUAUAGUUGAUCUUACACCUAAAAGAGACAGGUAGAAAACUCAGAAAAAAGUCCUAAAUAACUCUGAAACAACUCCUAAAUAACUUGUGUGCACAUCUCAUGUGCAUGUCUCAUGUGUACGUCUCGUGUGUACAUCUCAUGUGUCUCAUGUGGACAUCUCAUGUGUCAUGUGUACGUCUCGUGUG